AUGUGCACCAGUCCCCCCUGCUACCCUGUUAAAGACCCCACACUGGCCGUCUGUCUGUCUGCCUGGAAGAGUAUUUAUUCCCUACCAGUAGCAUGUGAGGUUAGUGUUCUGAAGAUGGUUCUGCUAGAAAGUUUAAUUUUUGUGCUCAGCACAUAUGCUGCCGCAGCAGAGCAGAUCUUUAGCAGUAAGCAUGGUUGCUACAAACCUCUGCCCAGAAAACCAAACUAUGGACAGAAAACUACACCUCGUCCUCAUGAACUCCUGAACCUUGCUCACCUGCCAAAGUCCUGGGACUGGAGGAACGUGAAUGGCAUCAACUACGCUAGUGCAACUCGUAACCAACACAUCCCCCAGUUCUGUGGCUCCUGCUGGGCGCAUGGUAGCACCAGUGCUAUGGCAGAUCGUAUCAAUAUUAAAAGGGGAGGAGUGUGGCCGUCUGCUUAUCUGUCAGUCCAACAUGUAAUUGACUGUGCUGACUCUGGUACCUGUCAUGGAGGAGACCAUGCAGGUGUGUGGGAGUACGCUCAUAAUUUUGGGAUACCUGAUGAGACUUGUAAUAACUACCAAGCUGUUGACCAAGAAUGCAAUCCAUUCAAUGCCUGUGGCACUUGUACAACCUUUGGGACGUGUAAUACAUUCCAGAACUACACACUGUGGAAAGUGGGUGACUUUGGAGGUGUGAGUGGAAGAGAAGAUAUGAUGGCAGAAAUCUAUGCUGGAGGACCAAUCAGUUGUGGAAUCAUGUCUACCCAAAAACUUGACGACUAUGCUGGAGGCGUAUACUCUGAGUUUGUAAAGUAUCCUGCUAUUAACCACAUUGUGUCGGUAGCAGGCUGGGGUGUGGAAAACGGUACUGAAUAUUGGAUUGUUCGCAACUCUUGGGGAGAGCCUUGGGGUGAGAGAGGCUGGUUCAGAAUAGUAACCAGCGCCUACAAAGGUGGAAGUGGAAGCCUGUACAACCUUGCUUUGGAGGAAGACUGUAUAUAUGGUGACAUGAUCAUCCCCUUAACUUACCAAUGAAGAUUGAGGAUCAGAUGAUGGCUAGAAAUGUGUGAGGCUUUAGAAACCUUGGUGUCUUGGUAACAAAUUUCUGUUUGAAAUAAACUGUUUUUAAC